AUCUUCAAACUUUCUUCAAGUUUUUUCCAGCUUUUUCUUGAAAUAUGAGUGAAGAACAUCAAGAAGCUCCUGUUAGUGAGGAGGGGCCAGUCCCAGUCCUGAGAUGGGACUUAGGUUUAUUCGAACAGAUCGUUCGAAGUUUUAGGUUUCCACCGGAGUGGGAUGCCCGGUACCCUGCUCAGGGUCAGACCGCGGCUGAUGCCCCACCCGGUUACAUUACUUUGUUCGAAGACUUCUUCCUUCAAGGAAACUUCCGGCUGCCGGCGACUAACUUCUUUGGUAGCAUAUUGUCCUACUACAAGUUUCAUAUUUCGCAGUUAAGCCCACCUGGGAUGGUGAGGGUGAGGCACUUUGAGUUCUUGUGUCAAUCUCACGGCAUUGAGCCGACGGUGAAUAAGUUUCGUGUCUUCUAUCAACUGCAAAGAACAAUGGGGUUCUUUUCUUUUGCUAGCCGUGGUACGGCUAAGAAGAUUUUGUUGAAUCCUCCCAAGAGUUUCCACGACUGGAAACCCAAGUUCUUCUUCAUCCGGGAGGAAGUCUUGCCAAUAGCUAUGCCGUUUAGGGAAUGGACCGAGGUUAUACCAAAGGAGGACCUUCCUAUACCGAAGUCUGCUCAGUGGUAUCAGCAGCUUACCGCAACCCCUAACCGGGUAUUUGGGGAGAAUGUUCUGGUUGCUGCCAAGAUGAGUGACCAGUGGUCACCUAGUAGCAGGGAACUCCCGGUCUUGAAGAUCGGGGAUCAAGAGACGCAACUCUAUCAGGCUGCCUUCCCAGCCUUUGGUGGCUCCAUGGGCGUUCGCCCUCUGCGCGAUGAUGAGGAAGGCUGGUAUGACCAGAUAAAGGGGAACUUCAUGUUUCCUCCUGCUGACGCCUUCGCCUCGCCGCCGGAUGCAACUGAAGGUGUGUUGCGCGAUCUGGGGGUUGACCCAGAGGAGAAGAAGAAGAAACCUUCGAAGAAGAAAAAGAAGGCGGAUGUUGAAGUGACCAGCAAGGGUCCUGGCGCCAGUCGCGCAACUACUGCUGCUGUCAAAGGUACGCUUCGCCUCCGGCAACGUGACUUAGACGAUUACGUGAUAAUCAGUGACUCUUAUGAAGGUUUAUCAUAUGCAGCUACGGGAAAGACUGGCGCUGGUGGGUCAAAGGGCUCUGGGAGCGCGGGUUCUCGUAACCCGGAUGCUGACGCAACUCCAUCUCAACCUGAGGAUGAAGAAGAAGAGGAAGAAGAGACUGCCCCGUUGAUUGGAAGAAAGAGGGGUAGAAGCGAGGUGACAACUGGUAUGGCCUCUGCGCCUGUUUCAGUUGUUAUUCCCGUUGUUGGGAAGAAGAGCAAGUUGCGCUCGUUAUACCAGUUUUCUCCUGAGAUCAAGAAGAAGACCCCUGAAAAGGGGGUUAAGUUUGUUGAACCCAGCACGAAAAGACCUAAGGUUGCCACUGAACCUUCCGAUUCUGCUGCGCGUGAUGCUGCGAAAACUGCUGAAGCGCAGCGAAAGGCAGAAGAGGAUCGGAGGAAAGAAGAGAGUAGGAUUGCUGCGCAGAAGAAGGCUGAAGAGCGAAAGCGCAAAGAAGAGGAAGAGAAAAAGAGGAAGGAGGAGGAGGAGAGAAAGCUGGAGGCGGAGAGGAAGAGGAAAGCGGAAGAGGAGAGAAAGCUGAGGGAGGAGGCGGAUAGGCAGAGGAAGGCGGAAGAGGCGAGGAAAGAAAGAUCUGCCGAUCAGUCUUCUGUUCAAGGGCAGUCUGGUGUCCCAAAACCUCCCCCUGCUGCGCCGAUUGUUACCUCUAAGGGGUUAGGGCGCUAUGUGUCUAGUGGUGCAAGCUCUGGAGGAGCUGGGGGCUAUAACCCCAAUGUGAUAGGUGCGAAGGAUACCGUCGGGGACAUAUAUUAUAAAACUUAUACUGAAGAGGAACGUGGUGAUGCUCCUCAUCAAGCCCCUUGGAGCUUAAGGCAAAAGGAUACAUUUGUUGAAUUUGGUCCUUCUCGCGAUUGGUACUUGAACCAAUUCACUCCUGGCGAAGUUAACCGUCAAAAGGCGAAGCCGCAUGAAAUGUUGUAUCGCACUUACAUUCUUGCCGAGGCCAACGCUCGAUCUGCUAACCAUCAGAUAGUUCGUGAAUGGCGAACAAUGGUCAGAGAGCGCGCCGAUUGGGAGGCUUACCGAGAACGUGUGCUAAAACGUGUUGGUGAAUUUGAGAAGGCUAAGGCCACAUUUGAUGAGGAGAAAGCCAAGUUUGAGGCUGAUAGGAAAGCUGAAGAGUGGGGUCGCGAGGGCCUGCAAAAGAAACUUCAUAAUGUGGAAGAGCAACUGGCCAAGGAGAAGGCCGAGUUCAAGCGUAUAUGCGCUCAAGACAACGAGCGUACUUAUGCUCUACGCCAGAAGAUCGUUGGUCUUGAGGCUACAGUUGCGGACUUGACCUCAAAGGUGGAGGAAGCGCAGGGUGAAAAAACUGCCAAGCAGCAGAUGGAGGUUGAGCUGACUGAAGCCAAGGUGCAAUUGUCUAACAAGGACAAGGAUCUCCAUGCCAAGGACGUUGAGAUAGCGGAACUCAAGCGUCGCUUGAAUGAGCAAAUCGACAGAUGCGAGUCUUUGGAGAUUGACCUUGAGGCUGAGAAGGUCAAGGCCACCGAUGCUGAGGAGGCGCGUGCUGUCAGCACUGCGGCGCUUAACGUGGCUCAGACAAAUUAUUCUGAGGCCCAAGGCAUUGUGGACACGCUUGUUUCUGAAGCAGAAUGGAUGCGCACUCGGGGAAUAGUGCUGGUUGCCAACUCCAUCCUGAACGCCGGCGAGCUAGAUCGCGCUGUUGCUGCUCUUACGGAUGCGGCGCGUGCAGUUGGUCAUCGAGGAGGUUACCUGGAGUGUGCUGAUCACGUUGAGCGAAUGCUGGGACAAGAAUUCGAUACAAGUCAUUGCUCAGUGACGGAACAAGCUGAUGCUGCGCUGGCCAGUGCUGAGAACUCAUAUGACAACCUCUCCUUGCCCAUCAUGGACUUGGUUGUUAGUGCCUUAAAAAAGGAUGAUUGGUGUCAGCGCCUCAAGGCGAUCCUUGAUCCACCGAUUACUGUUGAAUCAUCUGAUGAGGAAGCAGCUGGUGAUGAUGGCGGAGGUGAUGACGAUGGCGACGAUGGUGAAGGGAACGAAGAUGAUGAUGGUGAGAAGAAAGAAGACAAAUAGAGUAGGUUGUUAGUUUGUUGAUAGGCGUUUGUGCCUUUGUUUCUGACUUGAUUGUAAGUGAUGCGCUUUUGCGCAGUUUUAAUGACAAUGAAAUGCCUUCGUUUUUUCUGUUGCAAUUAUUGCA